CCACCUUCUCUUCUCCAUAUAAAACUGCCAUUGCCAACCCACUUUAUCCAUCAUUAACACCCACCAAGCUUCUCUUUAAUCUGCAAACGAAAAUGAUUCUUCAAGACUCCAACCCAGUUAUCAUUCGACAAGUAUGGUCUGCUAAUUUGGAAUCUGAAUUCCAGCUCAUACGCGACCUCAUUGAUGACUUUCCCUUCAUUUCCAUGGAUACAGAAUUUCCUGGCCUAAUUUUCCAUCCUUCACUCGACUCCGCUAAUUUUUACUCCCAUCAACGCCACCCCUUUGAUCAUUACAAGAUCCUCAAGUCCAACGUCGAUGCUUUGAAUCUCAUCCAGGUAGGCCUCACUCUUUCUGACUCCAAUGGCAAUCUCCCUGAUCUCGGCACUACAAAUCGAUUCAUCUGGGAAUUUAAUUUUCGGGAUUUUGACGUGUCUCGUGAUGCUCACGCCCCGGAUUCCAUCGACUUGCUUAAGCGUCAGGGCAUCGACUUUGAAAGGAACAGAGAGGAAGGUAUUGACUCUGACCGGUUUGCUGAGUUAAUGAUGUCUUCGGGACUGAUAUGCAAUGAAUCGAUGAGUUGGGUCACGUUUCACAGUGCCUAUGAUUUUGGAUAUCUGGUGAAGAUCUUGACGCGCCGAUGCUUGCCUAGUGACUUACAGGAUUUUAUGAGAUUGUUGAGGGUAUUUUUUGGGAAUAGAGUUUAUGAUGUAAAAUACAUGAUGCGGUUCUGUGAUGGUUUGUAUGGUGGCUUGGAUCGAGUGGCCACUACACUAAAAGUGAAUCGGGCAGUCGGGAAAUGUCAUCAAGCCGGAUCAGAUAGCUUGUUGACGUGGCACGCAUUUCAGAAGAUGAGGGAUGUUUAUUUUGUGAAAGAUGGGCCGGAGAAGCAUGCGGGGGUGUUGUACGGCUUAGAAGUUUUUUAAUUUUUCCUUUAUUUUAUUUUAAUUUCAAUUUGUAUAUUAAUUAAAGAAAUUCUUUUUGUAGUGAUAA